CAAAAUCGCUGACGGUGCAAUUCAGAUUACGAACGUGAUUAUUCAAUAUUUGAUGUUAGUAAAAAUGUCGCGAACUCGACACGGCUAGCAUGUGUCGGUACGUGGCGAUUGUCGCAUUUGCGAUGGUCGAGUUGAUGACGUGCGCUCCUCCGCCUCUCCGAGUGACAAUUGACUGUGGAUCUGACGAGGAUCCUGCACAAAUCUCCAAUUCAAGGUCAGCUGAGUUAUUUAGAAGUAAUUCACAUUUUGACGUUGAUUCCUUCUGUAAUUUGAUUCACAACGCAAUUCCUCAAGUGGUUAAAGAUGGGAAGAUUGUCGUCGAACAAGAUCUCGAUCAGGACGGACUGGGUGAUUCCUUAGCCCCAGUAGCCAUCGCUCCACCCAGUGGCUUCAUACCUAAAUUAGGAUUUCCGAAAUUAAAACCUCCGAGGCUAAGAACACCAAUGUUGAACGUACCAAAGCUGAGACCUUUUCAGGGAGCUUUGAAACCGCCUAAAAUAGGAUCUCCAAUGUCAUUUCGUUCCUUGAGAUAUGAAGAGCAAUCGAGUGCAGAAAGAUUGGAAAAGUUUAAAAAGGGUGUUCAGAAAAUGUUACAUUUCGUGAAAGUUCUGGGAAAGAUAGAUCAGUAUUUAUCGGAGAGGACAAGAAUUGUUAUUGAUAAGUUAACGAAGACCUUUGUCGACUGAUUUCUUUGUAUGUGCAUUAGUAUUAUUAUUGUUUCAUUUUUGAAAUGUUUACAUCAAGAAUAUUUUUGAAGGCAAUUGGUAUGACGAAACUAACUUACAAAUAAACGCCUUAAUUAAAAAUUAACCUGAGAUUUGUGACUAGCGAUCUAUACGAAUACAAUAAAGCCUAAGCCCGAUAUAGCCGAAUAUAUUUAAAAAGAGAUUGAUUAAUUGUUAUUGUGUUUAUUUUUAGCAUUCUGGUUACUAAGCAAAUUGAAACGUUUCUUGAACGGUCGGCCUUACUUAUAGAGUUUGAUAGGAUUAGUUAAAUAAGUUCUGCCUUUUUCUUUCAAAUGUCAAAGCAAUAAUGACCGAAAAAGUUUAAUCAGUAUUAACUUAAAAGCCGUUACGUAACAUUAAUUUAAUUUAUUUACACUCUGUAACCAGCUAUUACAUAAUAAUCACAAAAUUUUGAUUAUAUUACUUCUGACUGACUUAUAAUGUUCAAAGAUCAUUUGCAACAUCAAAAAUUACUUAACAUUAUUCAUGUAAUUUAUUUUCGAAUGUAAUUAUUAUGUUAGAAAUGAAAUAUGCUUAAGUUAUAGAUAUUUUAUACUAAACCAUUCAUAUGUAACUUCAUGUAUUCCGCAGGAUUUCCUUCGACAUUUUUUUUUUUUUUUUAAUAACGUUUUUAUAAUAAUGUUAGUUUUAAUAACGAUCUGUUCAGCGUUUUUAUCAUGAUGGUAACAAAAAUACAUAUAGUUACUUUUGAAAUUAUAGUAUUCGUAUUUUGAUGAUACCUCAAUUGAAAAUCGGUUGGCAAUACCUGGGCCACCUCAUUUUAAAUAAAUCGGUGAUCACAAUAACAGUUAUGUUUAUAUUUAUGAUUUAUUUUUUCUUGUAAUAUGAUAAGUUAAAUUUAAUGUCAGUAAAUAUUAAUUUACAUAGAAUGUGUUUGACUGUUUCACUCAAUAAAUAUAUACAUUGCGAUUCUGUAAGAAUUCACUUCGAUACUCGACGUGGAAUUUUUUUUAUUAUAAAAAAUCGUAGCAAUACCCCUUUUUAAGGAGUUACUAAUAUUCCUAAUUGUCCCUCCAAUUAGGCUUAAAGGUUAUGCUAGGAGUGGGGACGACAAUAUCCCAAGGGGUAAGUUCGAACC